AGCAGUGGGAAGUCGAUCCACGACGUUUUUCCUCUGUCUUCUUUUUCUGCCUGUUGUAAGACUUCUGCCUUCAUCCCUCCUCAUCCUCCAGCUUCCAGGAUGUACUCUGAAGCGUGAACGCCGCUCGCCGUCUCGUCUGAGUGUUGAAACUGUGUUUUCUCGCAAGUUGCGCAUCCAUCAGUUACCUUUCCACCUCCAGGCGCUCUCCUGGUUUUGCUCGCCUACUUUCUUGUUGUUGCUGUUGCUUCUCCGCUGGACCCCCCCACCCCGGGGAGGACGGAUUCUCCCACUUUUAUAAAUGCACUUUGUAACGUUGAGUGUUUUUUUACUGGACCGUAUCCGCCGUCGGUUGCGUCUGUGCUGACUGAGAAGAGAGAAAACUGGUGAUGAGAUUUUAACUCGUGGUUUGUCUCCUCUUUUAGUUUUUCCUCAUGACAUUGAGGCUCGCCCCGGAGUCCCGCUCUCAGCCUUCGCAUCUCAAGUUUUUCGGGUGUGACUUUGAGUCCUUUUUAGUUUGAAAGCGGACGCGGACAGCGGCCACACUCCUCCUGUUGCUCCGGUGAAAACGCUCCGGCAGCGUGCUCGCACGCCGCUUCCUCUCCGGCGACUCCCGGCCGACGCUCCGCUCAGAGAAGGGGGGACGCUUCCCACUCGGGUUCGGGGGAUUUUAGUGGGACUUUUCCCCUCUGUAGUUUCGGACAGUGCUGGCGUGUGUGUUGCCUUCACUUUUCUUGGUGCAACAAACAAGAGUAAAGAGUAAAUAAAUUAAAAAAAAUGCCACAGUUAUCAGGCGGCGGCGGAGACCCGGAGCUGUGCGCGACGGACGAAAUGAUCCCGUUCAAAGACGAAGGGGACCCGCAUAAGGAGCAGAUCUUCGCCGAGCUCAGCCACUCGGAGGAGGAGGGAGACCUGGCAGACAUCAAGUCAUCUCUGGUCAACGAGUCAGAGAGCAGUCCCAACAGCAACAGCCACGAUGCAGCUAGACAGUCCCAAAUACCGCAAGAUUCAUAUCAUGAAAAACACAGAGACCAUCCGGAAGAUGGAAAACUCCAAGACCUGUACAGUAAAGGCCACCCGUACCCGGGCUACCCAGGCUACAUCAUGAUGAGCAACAUGAACGACUCCUACAUGAACAAUGGCUCCCUCUCGCCGCCCAUUCCCAGAACGUCCAACAAAGUCCCUGUGGUGCAGCCGUCCCAUGCAGUCCACCCACUCACCCCGCUGAUCACGUACAGUGACGAGCACUUUGCCCCGGGGUCCCAUUCUGGUCAUCACCCCCAGGACGCCAGCAACAAACAAGGAAUGCCAAGGCACCACCCUGGACCAGACAUGCCCAACUUCUACUCCCUGUCUCCUGGAGGAGUGGGGCAGAUCACACCACCGCUGGGAUGGUUCUCACACCACGUGGUGCCCGGCCCCCCAGGUCCCCACGCCACAGGGAUCCCCCACCCGGCCAUCGUCAACCCACAGGUCAAACACGAGCCUCUGCAUGAAACAGACAUCAUGCACAUGAAACCCCAGCACGAACAGAGAAAGGAGCAGGAGCCCAAAAGACCGCACAUCAAGAAGCCGCUAAACGCCUUCAUGCUCUACAUGAAAGAGAUGCGCGCGAAUGUGGUCGCCGAGUGCACGCUGAAGGAGAGCGCCGCCAUCAAUCAGAUCCUGGGACGGAGGUGGCAUGCUUUAUCUCGGGAAGAGCAAGCUAAGUAUUAUGAGUUAGCCCGCAAGGAACGGCAGCUCCACAUGCAGCUCUACCCAGGCUGGUCUGCUCGAGACAAUUAUGGAAAGAAGAAGAAGCGGAAGAGGGAGAAGAUGCAGGAAACAGCCCCCGGUACAGGCCAGAGAAUGAAAACGGCGUACAUCUGAGAAAAUGGAGGGAAGCGCAGCAGUUUCUCCACGUGCAAAGCGAAGGCAGCAGCUACGGGCCCUCUGCUAGAGAUGGAGGCCUGUUAGAUUCCAUGAAGACCCUUAAAUGUCCAAACUGAAGCCUCCACUUCUCAGAGGAUCCCACCCCACCCCUCCACCUAUCCAUCCCACCUAACCCCCUUUCCUUCAAUACUAUCACACGCCACCACCAAAAACACUUCACCGUUUGACUCCACCCCCCCCCCCCCCCGAAGGCGCCUGCUGUAGAGACACUGAACUGAACAAGACAAUCAUGAUUAUUGGAGCACCACCACGCCACCACGCCACCACGCUCUCACCGAAAAGCAUCAAUUUGACGUCAGCUUCCUUUACAAUCAGCUUUACUGCACUGAAAUCACAGCAGCACAAACUCCACCCCCGCACCGCCCGAACACCCCCAACACCCGCUCCUCAGUUACUCUAAUUUAUUCGUCACCUCUGUUGCUUUGUAUAGUUCAUCAGGCCGACGUUGGCUCCUUCGACGCCCCGCCCCGCCCCGCCCUCCCCCGUCUCUCGCUCUCUCCCUGGAUUUUUUGAGACCAUUUGGGGUUUCGCCCAACCGACCAAACACCUCUUUUCAGACUGCACUAAGGAAGACGGAGGGAUCUCAUCUUGUCCAAGAAACGUCCUCAAGACGCCACCUUCGCUCGCCGCUGACCAGUCGGUGCAAAAAAGGAUCAACAUUUCGAUUUGCUUUUCAUUUUAGACUGAGUUUUAUUUUGAAUGCUUUUUUGUAUCUUGAACCCUUGUUUCGAUUUCUCGGUGUAUAUUUUAGUGAUUUUUUUUUUUAAAUAUUGUUUUUUUUUUAUAUAGUGGUAUAUAUGAAAAUAAGCUUUGGACACAGGAAAGCCAUUUUUCUUGUUGAAGCGUCUUGCAGAAAAUUGAAACUUAAGGCUUCUUUUGAUAACUAUUUGUAACAAAUAGUGACCUCGAGUCUUGCUCAGAUGUAAAAUAAUGCUCAGUAUGUGUACUUUUUAAAACUGUCAGGAUAUGUCAAUUUUCUUGGUAUUUUUGCAGGCAACAUUAGGACAAAGGCGAGAGUGAUAGCUCAGAGGCCUAUAUUUUAUUGUUCUAAAACAUGACAAAUGAAGCAGAUAUAUAUAUUUACCCCAGCACUUGGCAGUCUUUCUUUUAUUGCAAUGGACCUUUGUCUUUUCUCUCUGGUAGCUAAUAGUGUGGUCUUUAGCCAUGUUGUUUAUUCCAUGCAAGCAUCUCUGUAACAUUUUGAUUUUAAUGCUCUAUUUUAGUAUUACUUGAUGAAUUCCUUUUUUUAUUAUCAUGUUUUGGGUCACUGUCAUCUUGGUAUAGCAUUUUGCUUCCCAAGUGGUCAUAUUUGAACUGUUUCAACAUGUUUUUUGUUUUGUUUUGUUUUUUUUGUAAGAAAAAUAAAAAGGCACCAUUGG